AUGAUUGGAGAAAGACUAGGGAUGGCAACGGGACGGGAACUAGGCUUUUUAAAUAAAAGCCCCUAUCCAAUUCCCUUGAGAAGGGACAGGGAGCCAAAACCUGUAACUUUUGUCAAUUUAAUUCAUAUAGUAAUGGCGAAGGGUAAGAAAGAGCUGCUGGCGUCAGCCCCAUGGAGGGUGGAGGAAGAGGAAGAGAAAUUCAAAGACGCGAAGCUGAAAGUGACGAACCAGCCAGGUACAACCCCCAAAAUGCACGUCCCUGGAAAUAAGAAGUACAAAAACGACGACGUUGCGGAAGACUCCUUCACUGAAAUCGACCCCGAACUCCGCUACCGCUUCCAGCGCAAUUUCCAAUUUAUUGGUCAUGUUUUUAGCAUCGACACCAUUGUCAAACCUCUUCCUCCUGCAAUGGCAUAUAAUGUCUCCCGCAACUUGAGCUUCUUCACACGAAUCUUUACACAGUUCUUUGACCCUGAAGGUAUAGCAAAUGCACAGAAAUCUCUUGGAUUAGGCCAAGAAGAAAAACCUCAAGAACCCCAAGUGCCAUGUCUUUUUAUCUUUGGGGACUCGUUGGUCGAUAAUGGUAACAACAAUGGCAUACUCACUCUUGCCCGGGCCAACUACGGGCCUUAUGGCAUUGACUUCCCGGAAGGAGCCACUGGCCGCUUUACUAAUGGCCGGACUUAUGUCGAUAUUCUAGCUCAACUUCUAGGAUUUCCAGCCUACAUUCCACCCUUUGCAAGAACCCGUGGUCGAGAAUUACUCCGCGGAACAAAUUUUGCAUCGGGAGCAGCUGGAAUCAGGGACGAAACUGGAAACAAUUUGGGGGAUCACAUGUCAAUGAACCAGCAGGUUGAAAGCUAUGUAAGAACAGUCCAAGAGUUGAGUAGAUAUUUCAGAGGAGAUUUGAAUGCGUUGGGGACUUAUCUCAGCAAAUGCAUAUUUUACUCAGGAAUGGGAAGCAAUGACUAUCUCAACAAUUACUUCAUGACUGAUUUCUAUUCAUCUUCUUCACAAUUUACCCCAAAAGCUUAUGCUGAUGCUCUUCUUCAAGAUUAUUCAAGACAAUUAACGAACUUACACAAGUGGGGAGCUCGCAAGGUGGUAGUGACCGGGGUAGGCCUAAUCGGGUGCAUACCAUAUGAGCUAGCCCGAUAUAAUGGCAACGGUAGCAGAUGCAAUGAAGUGAUUAACAGUGCCAUUGUCCUCUUCAAUACAGGCCUCAAGAAAUUGGUUGAUCGAUUCAACAAGGGUCAGCUGCCCGGAGCAAAGUUUGUUUAUCUAGAUUCCUAUGAAAGUAGCAAAGACCUAGUGCUCAAUGCAAAAACUUACGGAUUUCAAGAGGUGGACAAAGGAUGUUGUGGAGUAGGGAAAAACAAUGGGCAAAUAACAUGUCUUCCGCUUCAAACACCAUGUGAUGAUCGAACGAAGUACUUGUUCUGGGAUGCAUUUCACCCUACCGAAGUUGCAAAUAUAUUGCUUGCCAAGAAAUCAUACAGUUCAAAAUCUAAGUCAUAUGCUUAUCCCAUUAAUAUACACCAAUUAGCCAUGCUCUAA